AGCGCCCUCUUCUCGCGCCGUGCGCCGCCGGAGCGUGUCACCAACACGGUGCUCUCCGUCAAGCAGACGCUCAUUGCCGUCAACUGGCUCGCGCUCUCGCAGCGCCUCGAGCCGGCCGAGCAGGACGCGCGCCCGCGCCCGAAGCGCUUCUGGGACGCCGACAUGACGGAGCUGACGCUCGUGCGCUCCUUCUCCGAGCACGCGCACGCUGUCGGCGACAAGGUCAUCUUCAAGACGCCCGAGCUCGCCGCGCAGUACGGCCUCGAGGAGACGCAGCACGGGCCCGACGGCGCGCGCGUCGCCGUCGGCGCCAUGAAUGUCGUCUCGACGUCGUCAUCCGUCUCCGUGCUCUGGCAGGACGGCAGCAGCAGCGUCGAGGAGUCGACGUCGCUCGUGCCGCACCUCAACCUCGACGAGCACGACGUGUGGCCGGGCGACUUUGUGCUGCACCGCCCCGACGCCGACGCCGACGACGGCGGCGCGGCCAGCGAGCGCGUGGGCGUCGUGCAGAGCAUGGACGCGCGCGAGCGCACCGCCGUGCUGCGCAUCUACGGCAGCGACACGACCGAGGCCGUGCCCGUGCUCGAGCUCGACGUGCACGGGCCCGAGACGGCGGCGUUUGGCCUGCACCGCGGCGACACGGUGCUCAUCGCCUCGCGGCCCACGGGCGUGCUGCCACCGGCGCUGCCGCGCCUCGGCGAGCUCGAGGAGAUGCCCGAGGACGAGGAGCUGCGCGCAGAGAUGAGUCACCUGGGCAUGGCGUACGCGCAGCGCUUCGACAAGGAGUGCCCGCUCGUCCUGCCGGCGGCGCCGAGCGAGGGCAUCGACUGGUACGGCUCCGUCACCGGCAUCUCGCCCGCCGGCCUCGUGCAGAUCCGGCUGCCCGACGGCAGCAGCGUCGAGGAGAAGUACGAGCACCUGAGCCUGCUGGUCGACGGCUUCGAGGGCGACGACGGCGGCUGGGGCGACGACGAGAGCUCAGAGUUCGAGACGGACAGCGAGGAGGAUGUCAUGUGGACGACCGAGGACGGCGAGGAGGUCGAGCCCGAGGAGGGCGACACGUGGGAGGACAUGGACGUCGAUGAGGAGGACGAGCUGGUCGAUGAAGAGGUGCAGCCAAGGGCGGCGCCGGCUGCCGCUGAACCGCCGGCUCCCGAGCCCGAGGCCGCGCAGCCAGCCGUUGCUGAGGCCAGCACCUCGGCCGUGCCGAGCGAGCCGCAGGCUUCUACGUCUGCCGUGCCGGCUUUCACACCUGCGCUCGCCUCGGUGCCGCAAGCAGCGGGCGCCUCAAUGCCGUCGGAUGCGCGGUGGGAGCGCUUUGCCAUUCUCGAGGAGGCGCCUGCGGACCACGCCUUUCUGAAGGAGAAGGUCGAGGCGCCGAAGAAGGCCUUCUUCUCGCGCCUGCAGAAGGAGUUCAAGAUCCUGCAGAACAGCCUGCCUGACUCGAUCCUGGUGCGCAGCUACGAGGACCGGCAGGACCUGCUGCGCGUCCUCAUCAUCGGCAGCGAGGGCACGCCGUAUGAAGACGCCCCUAUCCUAGUCGACUUCUCCCUCAAGGCCGACUACCCGCACUCGCCGCCCGUUGCGCACUACCACAGCUGGACAAGCGGUGACCGCAUCUCGCCGAAUCUCUAUCACGACGGCAAGGUCUGCCUGAGCCUGCUCGGGACCUGGGCCGGCGAGAAGAGCAGCGAGUCGUGGAACCCAUCCAAGAGCAGCCUGCUGCAGCUCUUCGUCAGCAUCCAGGCGCUCGUCCUCGUCACGAAGCCAUACUUCACAGAGCCGAGCCUGGAGCGCACGGCCGGCACAGACGAGGCGGAACUUAACAGCCGGCUGUACAACGAGAAGAGCUACAUCCUCUCGUGCGUAUGUCGUGCGCACGUGCCGUGCAGCUUGCUCACCCGUCUCUCCAGCCGCGCAUUCGUCCGGCGUGCCCUUGAGCAUCCGGUGCAGGGCCUCGAGACGGAGCUGGCCUACUUCUACUACGGCGACGCCACGCACCCGUCGCGCCUCCGGCGCGUCAUCGAGCGCGCGCAGAAGCUGCUGGCCGGCGUCGAUGCGCGUGGCAGCGCUGCGGAGGAGGAGGGCGAGCAGGAGGAGACGGGCACGGUGGACGGGCCAGCGGUGACGCGCCUCAGCGGCGGCGGCGCCAUCAUCCUGCGGCGCUCGCUCGCGGCCCUGCAGCGCCUGGCCGAUGCGCACGCCGCCUGAGCGCCGUGCCGCUUCGCACACAUGUCGAGUCACGCACACCACCUAGACUAAUCU